GAUCGUUAGAGUACUCCACUACUGUAGAUCUCCAUCCCUCUUUCCAACAAGUCUCUGUUGAAGCUAUUAAAUGUUUUGUCGAUGGAAGACAUGGCAGGAAAAACAAAGCUUGCCCUUAAUGGAAAGAUGGCGCUGGCCAAUUCAGAUGGAGACCUGAAUGUCACGGAGGAUGAUGGCCGUGGGAGUAACCAGAGUUUAAACAGCAACACCAGUCUUCCCAAUGUGCAGAGAAAUGCGUGUGACACCAUGAGAUCAGUUGCCAGUUGGGCUGUGUCUUUUGAAAGGUUGCUGCAAGAUCCCAUCGGUGUGAAAUAUUUCACAGAAUUUUUAAAGAAGGAAUUCAGUGCUGAAAACAUAUUGUUUUGGCAAGCCUGUGAACGCUUUCAGCAGAUCCCAGCAGAUGACUUGGACCAACUCUCAAAAAUUGCCAGUGAGAUCUACAGAACAUAUCUGUCCAGCAACUCACUCAGUCCCAUCAACAUCGAUAAGCAGGCACAACUGGAGGAGGAUGUUCUCAAUGAUCCGACAUCGGAUAUGUUCAAAGCACAACAGCUUCAGAUCUUCAACCUGAUGAAAUUUGACAGCUACACUCGUUUUGUGAAGUCCCCCCUUUAUCAACAGUGUGUGUUGGCAGAGGUGGAGGGCAAACCACUUCCUGGUGAUACCUCACAGGAAUUGGAACACAGUCAUGAUAAGGAGAGUGCCAGCCUCUGUGAUGCCAAGAAGCAGAAGAAGAAGCUGAAGCCAGGAAAGUCAUUCAGUGGUUUGCCACAGAACGGCUAUGAUGGGAAAAGCGGAAGCCCGGAGAAACAGAUCCGGAGGAGUAAGAGCAAACUAAGUCGGAAGAAAGAUAAAAGAGACUCUUUUGGAGUGGAUUUCUCAGACAGCAAUGGCCUCUUCCUGUCUCGCCGUGAGUCUCAGGGAUCUGUGUAUUCAGCAGCCAGUGUGGAGCUGGGUUUCCUCAGCUCUCUUCAAGCCAGAACAGAGUAUGAGAGACCAAGCCCAGAAGUAGAAAAUGGGAAGAAAGUGAAAUACUGCUGUGUUUACCUGCCUGACACAACUGCCUCUUUAGCAAUGGUUCGGCCCGGCUUGACCAUCCGAGACUUACUGUCCGGCGUUUGUGAAAGGCACGGGAUUCCUCUGGCAGCCACUAGUGCCUACCUGGCUGGAAGUGACAAGAAGCCCCUAGCUUUGGAUCAGGAUAGUAUGAUCCUCUGUGACCGGGAGCUUCGAGUGGAAAAGAAAAUCCUGUUUGAGUUGGAGCUUGUUCCAGUCAAUCGAAAACUUUGGGUGACGGCGAGACCAACCAAAACUGUGUCUGAGGCUUUGCAGCCAUUUCUGAUCAAAUAUAAGUUAAAUUCCAGCGAGGUGGAGGCUAAAAUUAGUGGAGGUUCCCAACCUUUGAAACUGGAUGCCACUGUGUCGUGCCUGGAAAAUCAACAAGUGAUCCUGGACAUGAUAAAAAUACCCAAACAAGGUGGUCAAGAGGAGAGGAAGAAUUCCAACCAAUCAUCGACUUGCCUUCAGACGCAGGAGAAGACACCCACAGAGAGAAGAGACUUCCUGGAGAGUCCGGUGCACUCAUCUCAGACCUCGAGGAGAAAUAGAAUGAAAGGGAAAGCUGAAGAGAGGAAGGAGCUGUACCGCAAGACAUACGAUGUCGAAGCCCUGUUUGAGAUGCUGUCCAAAGCGCAGAGCUGCCGUGCUAAUGACCAGCGAGGCCUCUUGAAGAAGGAAGAUUUGAUUCUUCCAGACUUCCUGCAGCUUCCGGAGGAGCUGGCUGGCAUCAGUCUUCAGGCACCUGAGCCGGACACUGGCAGUGAGGAAGGUGCCAAAAAUCAAACCCAUCCAGAGAAAAGUCUGACCGAGAGUGCGCAGGUACCGGGGACGCCGAAUGAGAAACCGACCCCAAAUGUCGCCAUCUUACAGGACACUGAACAAGAAGGUUCACAUGAGCGGAACAGUCUGUGCCCCAGAACGGUUUUCUGACAGUGAUGAGACAGUGCGCUGGUGGCCUGCAGACCACCAGGUUGUAAAACUGGGCCGACUCGGGGCAGUUUCUUCAGCUGUUCCAGUUUUCCCAACACGGGGACCAAAAGACCACGGCCAGCAGGGCAGGAUUUCCCUCAACCCUGUUGAGUCCUCAUGAGCCAACACUGCCAAUUCCCUCAGCAAUGUCUCUGAUGAUACAGCAUUGGUGGUAACGCUGUAUUUUACUCCAGGGGAGUGGGAGGGGAAUGUGUCAAAUAGCUUCCUUCUACAAUUCUAUUGAUUCUAGUUCAAGGGACGUUGCAGAGCCCAAGCUAUGAAAGACAUUAUUUUGGAAUGUGGCAAAUAUUGUAUCUCGGGGUAGCACUGUCUGAACAAUCCCCACCUCUUCAUGAUCUAUCUACAGUUCACCAUUCAGCUAUUGGCAAGUCUGAAUUAGUUGAACUCCGAGAACGAGCUCAGAUUUUAUGUCUGAACACCUUUGCAUUCUGAGAGAGCUGUGCUCUUGAUCAUAAGAGUCAUACACCUGGAUCAAAAGCUGGUGACUGACUGAACUUCAUUCGAAGCAUUUCCCGGAUUGUUCCCAAAGGGACUUCUUCACCUCGAUCAUGCAGUUAUUCAUUCUCCAAUUUGUUUACGUGAACCUGUUAUCGUUGUGAAACUUUGCUUUUUUGUAACUAAAUGUAACUGAAGAAUGUGGGCCUCAGGGCGGUGCAAUGAAAUGUCCAUCUCCAAGUCAGGGUCCAUGCACCUACUGUACAGCAUCAAUUGGUCAGGUAAUGAUAACAAACAAGUGAUUUAGGGAUAGACGUAUGUUAUUGUGCCAACCUGUACCUCUGUGAUGUGGAAAAGCCACAUAGAGUCCGCAUGAGAAAGCUUCUGUGUAGUCCAUAGGUUCACCCUCACAGGAAUCACACAGUGAGCUUAUAUCGCUGUGUGUGAGGUUAUAUGGCUUUGUGUCUAUGUGAGUAUGUGUCAGGUUGUAUGGCUGCAUGUGUGAGAUGCUGUAUCGCUGUGAAUGUGUAAGGCUAGAUAACUAAGUGUGUGAGGGUGUCUGGCAGUGAGUGUGAGUGAAAGAUUAUAGAGCUGUGUGUGUGAGAGAGGUUGUUUAGAUGUGAGUGUUUGUGUAUGAGGUUAUGUAACUGAGUGGGUGUGAAAAGUUGUGUCGCAGUGUCUGCAUUUGCAAGGGGUUCUAUAGCUGUGUGUGUGUGUGAG